CUCUAGCGAAUGUUGUUAAGCACUGACUUAGCUCAUGUUAGAGUUCAAGCAAGCUAACAGAGAAGGACGAGGAAGGAAUGCGGCGGACAAACAGCAAGAGGACAAUCGGGUAUCCGGUUUGAUGUGUGUAAUGAAAUAAACUCAGAAGGACACGGAUACUGGAAGCGCGGCGGGCCUUCAGAAUCUAUGUCUGCUGUCACUAGAAAACUGCCAGGACUAGGCCAGUGUUUGGUGUAAGAACCCUCAUCGACAGCUGCAGUGGCGGGGCAGGAGCGCGUUUCUCAGGAAGAUGGCAUCACCCUUCGUGCCUGUCCCAGUCCCCAUGGACAGAACCUUGUCAGGUGGCAGCAACAAGCUGCGGCGGCCAAAGCGAGCCGCGUCUCUGGGAAGUGUCUCCAGUAGCUCGGAGUCCUCGUCCCCCGUCGCCAGGGCCGCUGGGGAGGAGCCGGACGGAGGACUGGGCGCUCAGCGUCAGUCCCGCUGCACGGGCAGAGCCCCCCGCAGCCAGACCCCGCCAGCCCUCCACAGCCCGGGGACCCAGGCCAGGGUCAACGGGACGCUAGAGCCCUCAAUGGAGUACUCGAGUUGCCCUCGCUCGGCAUCCGAUCCAGCAGGGAGCCAGCAGGAAGAGGAGAGGCCCAUCACCCCCACCGUGUUGGGGUACGAGGUCAUGGAGGAGAGGGCAAAGUUCACGGUCUAUAAGGUCUUGGUCAAGAAGACCCCGGAUGAGAGCUGGGUGAUUUUUAGGAGGUACACCGACUUCUCCAGACUCAAUGACAAGCUAAAGGAAAUGUUUCCCGGCUUCCGCCUCUCACUGCCUCCCAAAAGGUGGUUCAAAGACAACUAUGACAGCGACUUCCUGGAGGACAGACAGUUGGGACUUCAGGCCUUUUUGCAGAAUUUGGUGGCACACAAGGACAUAGCAAACUGCCUGGCUGUAAGAGAGUUUCUGUGCCUUGAUGACCCCCCUGGGCCUUUUGAUAGUCUUGAAGAAAGCAGGGCAUUCUGCGAGACACUGGAGGAGAGCAACUAUCGCCUACAGAAGGAGCUUGUGGAGAAGCAGAGGGAGAUCGCUUCCUUGAGGAGGAGGCUGGAGGAGCGGGAACAGGCCAUCCUGCUGCUGGAGAGGCACAUCAAUGGGGAGUGCGCGAGCCCGGUGUCUCCGUGCGGCCUGUCGGCUCAGGGCAGCGAGAGCAGCGCCGACGCCGACGUGGAAUCGUCCGCCGCAGAGGCCGACCAGGAAAUGCCCGACGACGCCGGCAGCCUGGUCCCAAUCUGAAAAAAAAGGGCUUCAUAACAUGGAAGGUACUGCAGCUCCCUGCUCAGCGGGCUAACCACAGGCAAACUGUCAAACCUUCAUAUUGUCCCUACAGUAACCGUGCGGUAAAAACGUCUCGUUUUGUGAUGUCAGCGUGUUUGAAGGGAUGGCUUCAGAUUCUUCUCGUCGCGUCCGCCUCCAUACACGUCUGGCAUGCUUCCAUGUGCCUGCCCUUAGCGGUUGCAUCUCCUCUGUGUGUGCUGGCUGCACAUGGCUCCUGCAGGGGAAACGUAGCGGUCACCGCCUUUGGGCACUUUCAUUCCGAUGUGUUUUUUGUUUGUUUGUUUGUUUGUUUUUUUUUGUCCGUUUUUUUCUUUUCCCAAAGCCGGGGUGGUUUCACUUUCAAUACACCGAGUUCGGUUAAAAAAAAAAAGAAAAGAAGAAGAAGUUAUCUCUGUUUUUACACGGGACCUUCUUCAAUGUGCGGUGGCCCGGCGACGGGUUUACAGACAAAGGAGGGAGGCCUCCAUCGGCCCGGCGGCUUUUAUUUAGAGUACCCACUCUGCCGCCGGCCGCCAAAAUAAAGCCGAUAGCAAGGCGCCCCCCUGCCUGCCGCCAGAUCAGAGCGCGGACUGAAAGCGACCCCGCCCCGGCUGUGCCGCGCCCCCCGGCGUGCGCUACUCUGGCAGGUUGGCGCAGCGCGCUCCGGCCUGCUGCGCGACUAACGCACGUCCACACAGCGAGGCGCGCUCACAGAGCCCAGUUUCAGGUUUCUCUUAUUUUUCCUCUCCCUUCUCGGUUAUCUUACUGACAUCUUCUACUAAUAAACGCUCCCUCUUUGAUCUCAGCAAUUCAAAAAUAGUGCGGAAGAUCCCUGGGC